GAGGCGCGGGACGUGGGGCGGCGCCGCGGGCAGGGCCGGGCGGACGGGCGCUGGCAGCAGGGGCAGCGCCGCGGGCCCCUCGGAGUGGCCGCAGUCCGGGCCUCGGCCCUCCCAUCCUGCCUGGCCGCGGCUGGUGUGCGUGGCAGGAGCCGUCGUGGGCACCAUGGCCAAGAGGGAGGACAGCCCCAGCUCAGAGGUCCCGCCGAUGGACAAGCAGUUCCUGGUGUGCAGCAUCUGCCUGGACCGGUACCGGUGCCCCAAGGUUCUGCCUUGCCUGCACACCUUCUGUGAGAGGUGCCUCCAGAACUACAUCCCUGCCCAGAGCCUGACGCUGUCCUGUCCGGUGUGUCGGCAGACGUCCAUCCUCCCGGAGCAGGGCGUCUCCGCGCUGCAGAACAACUUCUUCAUCAGCAGCCUCAUGGAGGCCAUGCAGCAGGCGCCCGAUGGGGCCCACGACCCCGAGGGCCCCCACCCCCUCAGCGCAGUGGCUGGCCGUCCCCUCUCCUGCCCCAACCAUGAAGGCAAGACGAUGGAGUUUUACUGUGAGGCCUGUGAGACGGCCAUGUGCGGCGAGUGUCGCGCGGGGGAGCACCGGGAGCACGGCACGGUGCUGCUGCGCGACGUGGUGGAGCAGCACAAGGCGGCCCUGCAGCGCCAGCUCGAGGCGGUGCGCGGCCGCCUGCCACAGCUGUCCGCAGCCAUUGCCUUAGUCGGGGGCAUCAGCCAGCAGCUGCAGGAGCGCAAGGCCGAGGCCCUGGCGCAGAUCAGCGCAGCCUUCGAGGACCUGGAGCAAGCGCUGCAGCAGCGCAAGCAGGCUCUGGUCAGCGACCUGGAGGCCAUCUGUGGGGCCAAGCAGAAGGUGUUGCAGACCCAGCUAGACACACUGCGCCAGGGUCAGGAGCACAUCGGCAGUAGCUGCAGCUUCGCGGAGCAGGCCCUGCGCCUGGGCUCGGCCCCAGAGGUGCUGCUUGUGCGCAAGCACAUGCGGGAAAGGCUGGCGGCCUUGGCGGCGCAGGCCUUCCCGGAGCGGCCCCACGAGAACGCGCAGCUGGAACUGGUCCUUGAGGUCGACGGGCUGCGGCGAUCGGUGCUCAACCUGGGCGCGCUGCUCACGACGAGCGCCACGGCACACGAGACGGUGGCCACGGGCGAGGGCCUCCGCCAGGCCCUGGUGGGCCAGCCCGCCUCGCUCACCGUCACUACCAAAGACAAGGAUGGGCGGCUGGUGCGCACCGGCAGCGCGGAGCUGCGCGCGGAGAUCACGGGCCCUGACGGCGCGCGCCUGCCGGUGCCCGUGGUGGACCACAAGAACGGCACAUACGAGCUGGUAUACACGGCGCGCACCGAGGGCGAGCUGCUCCUCUCGGUGCUGCUCUACGGCCAGCCAGUGCGCGGCAGCCCCUUCCGCGUGCGUGCCCUGCGUCCCGGGGACCUGCCACCGUCUCCGGACGACGUCAAGCGCCGCGUCAAGUCCCCCGGAGGCCCGGGCAGCCACGUGCGCCAGAAGGCGGUGCGUAGGCCCAGCUCCAUGUACAGCACCGGCGGCAAACGGAAGGACAACCCCAUCGAGGACGAGCUUGUCUUCCGCGUUGGCAGUCGUGGAAGGGAGAAGGGCGAAUUCACCAAUUUACAGGGUGUGUCGGCAGCCAGCAGCGGCCGCAUAGUGGUGGCAGACAGCAACAACCAAUGCAUCCAGGUUUUCUCCAAUGAAGGCCAGUUCAAGUUCCGUUUUGGGGUCCGAGGGCGCUCCCCCGGGCAGCUGCAGCGCCCCACAGGUGUGGCCGUGGACACCAAUGGAGACAUCAUCGUGGCAGACUACGACAACCGCUGGGUCAGCAUCUUCUCCCCCGAGGGCAAGUUCAAGACCAAGAUUGGGGCUGGCCGCCUCACGGGCCCCAAGGGAGUGGCCGUGGACCGGAACGGACACAUCAUCGUGGUGGACAACAAGUCCUGCUGCGUCUUCACCUUCCAGCCCAAUGGCAAGCUGGUUGGCCGUUUUGGGGGCCGUGGGGCCACUGAUCGCCACUUCGCAGGGCCCCAUUUCGUGGCCGUGAACAACAAGAACGAGAUUGUGGUGACGGAUUUCCACAACCAUUCGGUGAAGGUCAGUGGCCGCCCUCCUUCCGUGCGCACGUCCCCAGCCCUUCCUCUUCCACGGGGCUCCUCGCUCCCUCACCUCCUCCCCCUCGAGCUCGUUCCCGAGAGCCCGAAACCUUUACCGCGUGGCUGUCAUGCCAGGCACGGUGCGGAGGCUGGGGACACAGCGCUGAACACGGCACACACACGUCCCCCGUCUUCCUGGGUCUCAUGGGGAGAGGGAGGCCCUGGGAGGUCACGGGAGGACGUGGUCGAUCCUGUGCUGGGGACCUGGGCAGGGGGGCGCCUAGCAGGAGCCCUUGAAUCCGGUGAGGCUGAGAACGGCCUAAAGCUCAAGAGGGAAUGAACCAGAAGAGAGGGGGACGGGAGGAGCCAGGAAGCGGAGGUGGGCCCUUGCCGUGCAGUCAGGAAACCACGAGUGGUUCAGCCUGGAUUUGCACAGGGAAGUGGUGCCAGGGGACAGCGAGGCUUGUUCCCUGAAGGCACUUUCCUUUCUUCCCGGGAGCCAGGGGGAGUCACCGGAGGACUGCGGGCGGAGGGUGGUGCACUCCUGGGUGUCUCGGGAAGGCCGCUCUGUCUCUGGGACACAGAGGCCCAAGACGAGGCUUUUGCAAUAAUCCAGCUGAGGACCCUGGACGUGGCAGGGUAGGCGCGGGGCGGGGAGCUGAGAGCACGUCCUCGGGGUGUGCGCAUUCGCUGGCCGUGGAGCGGAGGAGACAGAAAACCCCCAGAACGGCUUUUCCUGGGGAGGAGCUCUUAGACCUCAGGGCCCAGGCGACCGCAGCUGGAGCUGUCCCCUCGGCAGUGGGCGGCAUGGACCUGGUGUAGAGCAGCAGAUUGGGGGGCCUCAGCCCCGGGGCUUCUCCCCCGCCUCCUCCAAGGCCUUGCCCUCUGCCUGAGGCCGGGUCCCCAGUCCCCAGCCCUGUCCCCUGCCAGGUGUACAGCGCGGACGGAGAGUUCCUCUUCAAGUUCGGCUCGCACGGAGAGGGCAACGGGCAGUUCAACGCCCCCACGGGGGUGGCCGUGGACUCCAACGGGAACAUCAUCGUGGCCGACUGGGGCAACAGCCG